CCCCCACACCCCUGCCCUGCCUCACCCCCCUCUCUUCCAGGGACCCUCCACACCACACCCAUGGCCUGCUACGACCUCUGCCGACCCUGCGGACCCACCCCGCUGGCCAACAGCUGCAACGAGCCCUGUGCCCUGCAAUGCCAGGACUCCCGCGUCAUCAUCAACCCUUCCCCUGUGCUGGUCACCCUGCCAGGACCCAUCAUGACCUCCUUCCCCCAGAGCACCGCCGUCGGAUCCACCUCCUCGGCUGCCGUGGGCACUGAACUCAAUGCCCAGGGACAGCCCAUCUCUGGGGGAUUUGGCUUUGGCCUUGGCUAUGGCCGUGGAUUUGGCUAUGGGUUGGGAGGCCUGGGCUGCUAUGGCAGAAGGGGUUGCUACACCUGCUAA